GUUUAUAUCUCCGUUGGUUCCACUGGUUCCGAUCAAAAGAAAAAGAACAUUCACAAACACAUACGCUUCUGCUGCUUGCCACUAUGCUGCAGGAAAAACCCCUUGUCUUGUUCGUCUCUUAUUAUCCACUUUUCCACACUCACUAUUGGCCGUGAUCCUCCACACACUGUUCUUCAUAGCCUCUAAAACCCUGCUAUGUUAAACCAUCAAACAGCUUCCACCAACAAUCACCCCCACGUCGACGAUCAAGAUGAGGAGCAAAUCAGAGAAAUCCACGCUUUGAGCCCACCUCACACUCCGCACACCGCCGAUCGUGCUCGUCGCAGAGAAGCCUUGGCUACACACAGCCGCCCCUCGUCGUCUCUGUCCGUGGCCAGCUCGGAAGGAGCUUCCAGUGAGAAUUUCACCAGCAUGAGUAGGGAAUUCAGUGCUCUGGUUCUCGCUGGGUCUAGUAUUGAUCCCAACAAUGGCAGCCCUAUUGAUGUGCAUGAGCAUGACAAUGAAGGAGGCAACAAUUUGGGGAGAAUUCGAGAAGAGGAUUUGAUGGAGGAGACAAAUCCGUUGGCGAUCGUGCCUGAUAACAAUCCGUUGAACCCGCUCCCGUCGCCGAGGAGGGGAGGAGUGGCCGGUGCGUCGUCAUCGGCGGGUGCCUCGGGCGGCGGAAGUGGCCAGGGCGAAGUGUCGGUGCAGAGGGUGAAGAAGGAGGAGGUGGAGGCGAAGAUAUCGGCGUGGCAAAAUGCGAAGGUCGCGAAGAUCAAUAACAGGUUCAAGAGAGAAGACGCUGUAAUUAAUGGUUGGGAAAGCGAGCAGGUCCAGAAAGCUACUUCAUGGAUGAAGAAAGUUGAGAGGAAGCUGGAGGAGAAAAGAGCAAGAGCGUUAGAGAAAAUGCAAAACGAAGUAGCAAAAGCCCACAGGAAAGCAGAGGAGAGGAAGGCAUCAGCAGAGGCUAAAAGAGGAACCAAAGUGGCAAGGGUCCUUGAGAUUGCCAACCUCAUGAGAGCUGUUGGAAGACCUCCUGCCAAACGAUCCUUCUUCUAAGCUCUUCGUCAUCCAUCUUAUCAUUUCAAAUUUUUAGAAUAUAUAUAUAUAUAUAUAUAUAUAUAUAUAUGUAUGUGAAGAGCCCCUCUUCCCCUUCUAAUUGAAAGGUUUUAUAAGAGGGCUUGCAUUACAGCUUUAAAAAAAAAAAAAAACGGAGAAUGGAAAGAGAGAGAGAUGAUGAUUUGGAUUUGGAUAUAUAAUGUGUUUGAAUGAUUGAUUGGUCAUUACAGUGUGAGAUUAAACGUUUUGGGUUCUGUACAUUAAUGUAUUGUAUCUUUAUUUAGUUGGCACCCACUUGUUGAUAUUGCUCAGA